AGUGUUGACGUAUACUCAGCAAACCACAAUAAUAGACAGUUCAGAUACAAUAAAACACAACGCUGUGUUGUUGUAUAUUUAAUUUGGGGGCGUUUGCGGUUGCUAAGGUAGGUUCCCUCCGCCCCAUGGGUGUGUCCAGGCCGCAGGGAGGGUGGUCCAGUGUCCUCUAUCCACCUGCAACACGCCGCUUCCCCGGCACUUGAGCGUCGGAAGCUCCUCGUUGCGUCUCACACUCCCCUGGAUCAACUCCUCUUCUUGGCAUCCUCCCCGUGGAAAAGUACACAACUAUUACCGGCAAUUUGGAGAAGACAACAACUUGAUUUGAAUCAAUCCCAGCUUUUGUUUGGCUCCGGAAUUACCGCGGGGAGAAUCUGUGGAGGACACAAGCCGGGCUCCUGACUGUGUGCGCGGGCAUAGACGCUCCGAGGAACCCCCUCCUGCCUUCCUGCCUUCCUGGAUGGUUUUAAAUGUUUCCUUCUAUUGCAGUUUGUUGUGGAUCCAACUGAAAGGUAACAGGACAAGACUCCUGGACUCUCCUCCCCCUCUGUUAGCAAACAGAGAGACAAUGUUGCGGGACAGCCUGUGCUGUCUCCUGGUCCUGCUGGCCUCUGCGUCCGGGGCACUGCCCCCGGCCAACGAGCCGCUGUCUGCACCCAGGAUCUUCUUGUCCUUCAAAGAGUUAAAGUCGACCGGCACCGCUCACCACUUCUCCUUCUUGCUAAACUCCACCGACUAUCGAAUUCUUCGCAUGGACGAGGACCACGACCGCAUGUAUGUGGGAAGCAAAGAUUAUAUACUGUCUCUGGAUCUGCACGACAUCAACAAGGAGCCACUCAUUAUCCACUGGCCUGUUGCCCCUCAGAGGAAGUCUGAAUGUGUGCAGUCUGGAAAAGACACCAAUGGCGAAUGCGGCAACUUCAUUCGUCUGAUCGAGCCGUGGAACCGCACUCAUCUGUACGUGUGUGGGACGGGAGCGUACAACCCCAUCUGCACCUACGUGGACCGAGGACGCCGGUCACAGGGAUCCUUCCUACAGGCCCCCAAAUCUGGAGGGAGAACCAAUCGGGCAGCAGACCCCGGCGCUACGUCAGAUCUUAUGGAGGCCAAGGAAUAUAUUUUCCGUCUUGAGCCGGGGAAGGUGGAUUCUGGGAAGGGAAAGUGUCCUUUUGACCCCAAGCUGAACAGCGUCUCCGCUUUGAUCAAUGGAGAGCUGUACGCGGGAGUCUACAUCGACUUCAUGGGAACCGACUCGGCCAUCUUCCGUACGCUGGGGAAGCAGACGGCCAUGAGGACCGAUCAGUACAACUCCAGAUGGUUGAACGACCCCACGUUCGUCCACGCACACCUCAUCCCAGACAGCGCUGAGAAAAACGACGACAAGCUGUACUUCUUCUUCAGAGAGAAAGCGUCUGAGAUGGGCCAGAGUCCCAUGACCCAGUCCAGGAUCGGGCGCAUAUGCCUGAAUGACGACGGAGGUCACUGCUGUCUGGUCAACAAGUGGAGCACCUUUCUCAAGGCUCGUCUCAUUUGCUCGGUGGCCGGAGCCGACGGCGUCGAGACGCACUUUGACGAACUCAGGGAUGUUUACAUUCAGCCUACGCAGGACACCAAGAAUCCUGUCAUCUAUGGCGUGUUCUCAGUCUCGGGAUCCGUGUUUAAAGGCUCAGCGGUGUGCGUCUACUCCAUGGCUGACAUCCGUAUGGUCUUUAAUGGGCCUUUUGCACAUAAAGAGGGACCCAACUACCAGUGGGUGGCCUACACUGGGAAGAUCCCGUACCCUCGGCCUGGCACCUGUCCCGGAGGAACCUUCACCCCCAACAUGAAAUCCACCAAGGAUUACCCGGACGAGGUGAUCAACUUCAUGAGAAACCAUCCCACCAUGCACAACGCCGUGUACCCGGUGCACAAGCACCCCCUGGUGGUCAGAACCAACGUGGACUAUGAGUUCACUACCAUCGCCGUGGACCAGGUGACGGCCGCAGACGGCAGCUACGAGGUUCUCUUCCUGGGCACGGAUCGAGGGACAGUUCAGAAGGUGAUUGUGUUGCCUCGAGAUGACCUGCAGACCGAGGAGCUGGUUUUGGAGGAGGUGGAGGUUUUCAAGGUUCCCACUCCGAUCACCACCAUGAAGAUCUCAUCCAAACGACAACAACUGUACGUGGCGUCGGUGUUGGGCGUGACCCACCUGGCUCUGCACCGCUGUGACGUGUACGGGGAGGUUUGCGCUGACUGCUGUCUGGCCAGAGACCCGUACUGUGCUUGGGAUGGAAAGUCCUGUUCCCGAUACUCGGCAUCACAGAAGAGACGCAGCCGUCGUCAGGACGUCAAGUACGGCAACCCCAUCCGUCAGUGUAGAGGAUACAACUCCAAUGCCAAUAAGAACACGGUGGAGAGCGUUCAGUACGGCGUGGAGGGCAGCACGGCCUUCCUGGAAUGCCAGGCUAGAUCUCCUCACGUUUCCCUCAAGUGGCAUCUUCAGAAGGAGAACAGCGACAGGAGGAAGGAGAUUCGCUGCGAAGGCCGCAUCCUGAAGACGGACGAAGGCCUCCUGAUCCGCUCCUUGCAGCCGUCCGACAGCGGCAUCUACCAGUGCACCUCCACGGAGAAGAACUUCAAGCACACGCUGGUCAAACUCCAGCUGGUGGUUCUCUCCAGCCGCACCGUCAACAACGUCUUGGUGGACACGGGCGCCCCCGGCCUGGCCCCGCUGCAGUCCAGCGCCUGGACGCCGAGCGCCGGCCAGUACAAAGACCUUCUCACCAUCCUGAGCCAGCCGGAGAUGGGCCUCAUCAACCAGUACUGCCAGGACUACUGGCAGCUCGGCGACGGUGGCGGCGGCGGCCUGGUGGACAGCAAAGCUAAAACCUUGAAGGAGCUGAAGGAGCAGAAGAAGCCUCGCAACCGCCGGCAUCACGACGAGGAGACGACUCCGGCGGAGACAUGAGGCGCUGGAACGACCACUUCCCUCCGACACGGCACCAAGACACUUCCUGUGUUUGCAAGAAACACGAUAUUUAUUGUAGCUUGUAAAAAGUACUUCUUUGUACCGCUCUAGGAAAGGGGUUUGUGAAUAGCUCAAUAUGUGCAAAUAUUAGUGUUAUUGUUUAUGUGGACGAUAUCCUUUCAUUAUGUUUGCUGUUUGAAUACAAAGACUGAUGGGAGCCUCCUCACGUGGACCAGGACUCGGACUUUAUUAGAUGAUUGGACUCCGAGCGAGAAGCCGCUGGGUGGAAGCUCCGAGCUGUUAAAAGACGGCAGACGGGACUGCCUUCACGUCCUUCCACAAACCGCCGCCAACUCUUUUUCUAUGUCAGUAACACGUCUAUCAUCCACGCGUCUAUCGCGUCUACAUGCUGUCCUCAUUAACAAGGUGUCAUGUCAGCCUUCUUGUUUAAAGGCAGAUUCCAGCAGGCAGCUAUGUUUGAAAACACGACAUGCAAAGCACCUUCUCUUUGCCAUCGGGCUCCUUUCUAUUCAGGAAACAUCUCUUCAUUCAUUAGACGCGUGGGAAACCAACAUUAGUAUCUUCUACUCCUCUACUGCUGCACAAAAAAGAUGAACAUCUGGCAACAUGCACCCCCCUGCCUGCUGUGGUAGUAUUUGUUUGACAAAUACACCACAAGGUGGCGCUGUUAUUCAGCCGCUGUUAACUCAUUCAUUCAUUCAGCCUAUCACAGCUGUCUUCAAGUGAGAGUCUUUGUACACCCUGGACUGGUGCCCAGCCAAUCACAGGGCACAUAUAGACAAACAACCAUUCACACUCACAUUCAUACCUAUGGACAAUUUGGAGUCGCUAAUUAACCUAGCAUGUUUUUGGAAUGUGGGAGGAAACCGGAGUACCCGGAGAAAACCCACGCACGCACGCACGGGGAGAACAUGCAAACUCCACACAGAGAUGGCCCAGUGUGGAAUUGAACUCGGGUCUCCUAGCUGUGAGGCAUGCGUGCUCACCACUUGCCCACCAUACAGCACAAUCACAUCCAAUAUUCCCAUCCAUACAUUUUCUAUGCCACUUACCCUCACAAGGGUCACACAGGUAUGCUGGAGCCUAUCCCAGCUGUCUUCGGGCAAGAGGCGGGGUACACCCUGGACUGGUGGCCAGCCAAUCACAGGGCACAUAUAGACAAACAACCAUUCACACUCACAUUCAUACCUAUGGACAAUUUGGAGUCGCUAAUUAACCUAGCAUGUUUUUGGAAUGUGGGAGGAAAUCGGAGUACUCGGAACAAAACCCACGCAUGCACGGGGAGAACAUGCAAACUCCACACAGAGGGUGGAAUUGAACUUGGGUCUCCUAAAAUGAGGGUGGUACAGUUUUAUACUCGUUUCUCACACUUUUUACCUUCAACUUUGCAUUCCUGACAGUUUCACACUUUGACUUUCAUCUCAGUUUCACCUUAGUUUGCUCAUGGACACGCUGGCAGGUAUUCAUUCAUCAUCAUAACUACACAAAGCUACAAGGAUCCUUCCAUGCUAACCACUGGCAACAACACAAAAUGACGACACAACGGCUGCCCAGCGACACAAGUUGAGCAGCAACAUGGUGUGUUCACGGUGCAUGGCAUGUACAGUAUGUACCAUGUAAUCUACACAGGAUAUACAGUGCAUGUACACUGUAUAUACAAUGCAUGUACAGUAGUGUAUGUAUAUACAGUGUAUGUUCUGUAGUGUAGUGUAUGUACUGUAGCGUAGUGUAUGUACAGAGUAUUGUACAGUAUAUAUACAGUGUAUGUACAAUGUAUGAGUAUAUACAUUGUAUGUACUGUAGUAUAUGUACUGUAGUGUAUGUAGAGUCUAUGGUAUUUGUACUGUGUAUGUGGGUGUCAGUGAAUGUUUUUCUCAUUUUGGGGGGAAUAUGAAUGAUAAGAAAUAAGAAAAGGAAAAAAUAAAUAUGAUUUUUUUUUUUUUUAAUAAGAGGUCAGGGUGGGUUUUUGUCCAGAUUGUAUUUUGAAAAUAUUUCCUCGGACUUUGAUUUCCUGUGUUUGUCCGACCUGCCUGUGGAUUGUUGUUGGAAAGUCAAGAAUGAUGAUGAUGAUGAUGAUGAUAAUGACGUUGACUUUCUUCCCCGUCAAUGUUGCUGACUAAUAAA